AUGUGGGUACAUAGGGAGAAGGAUGCUGAGGAUGGAACCACCAGGCAUGAGGAGAAGAGUGAGUUUAUGGAUGUGGUGAGGGAGGACAUGCCACACCAGCGUGGUAUUUGGAGCAUCUACAGGCCAUGUGUGACAUAUGGGACCACACAAUACUGCCAUCACACUGCCGUAUACGCACGUCUACGCAAAAACACUGGCUCUUUUAAUCCUAACACAGGUAUUUUCACAGCUCCAGUAAGAGGACUCUAUUACUUCAGCUACUCUGGGCACAACCACUCAAGCAAGUCAAUGGGGCUCCAGCUGAUGAAGAAUGGAAGGCACAUCACCAUGGUCUACAACCAUCCAUAUGGAAAUAGAUAUGAGACGGCAACCAAAGGCACGACUCUUUAUCUUAAUGUGACAGACCAAGUGUACAUGAGACUCAUGAAACACAACUGGAUUUUUGACAACAAUAAUUACCACAGCACCUUUGUUGGGUUUUUGGUGUCCCCUCUGUAACCUAUAA